UGCUUCCUUCCUUUUGCGCACAAAAGAGCCCACACAGGUAUUCCCUCUCCUCUCCUCUCCUCUCCUCUCUCUCUGUCUCUGUCAAACUCACGAACCAGAGAAGCAGAAGUGCCCGACCAAGAUCGCCUUGCGGGCAAUAUGAAUAUGACGUCGGAACUAGGCGCUGGCUUCGUCACCACCACUACGACGUCCGAUCACCCGCCGCCGCCGCCAUCCCGCAGGCACCACGACGAUUCAUCCGUCUCUCCCACCGCCGCCGGCCACCGCAUCAGACUGAUGUGCAGCUUCGGCGGCCGAAUCCUCCCUCGCCCUCACGACCACCAGCUUCGCUACGUCGGCGGCGAUACACGCAUCGUCGCCAUCCCCCGCUUCGCAUCCUUCUCAACCCUCCUCUCCAAGCUCUCCAAAAUAUCCGGCUCCUCCGUCCCCGUCGACCAACUCUCCGUCAAGUACCAGCUUCCCAACGAGGACCUCGAAGCCCUCAUCUCUCUCACCUCCGACGAGGACGUUGAAAACAUGAUGGAUGAAUACGAUCGCCUCUUCUCUUCCCGAACCCCCCGUCUCCGCCUCUUCCUCUUCAACAACGCCGCCGAUUCCUCCGGAGCCUUCGGCUCCAUCCUCGACCGCUCCGGCGGCUCUAAGCGCGACGACUGGUUCUUCGACGCGCUCAACGGCUCCGGUGCAACGCCGCCGUCGCUUCUUGAGCGCGGCCGUUCCGAGGCGUCCUCAAUCAUCUCCGAGGUCCCGGAUUACCUCUUCGGUUUAGAUAAUAACUCCGACGAAACGCCGCCGGCUGGGGCCAGGCAGAUGAGUCUGGGUCUGGAAAAUCUCUCCUUAUCUGAACCGGCAAUCACCAAACCCGGACAGAAAUUAGACGAUGAUAUCCCGGUCGAACCGCAGGUUCAAUGCCAAACCAGCUACGUUCCGAAUCCGGGUUGGCAGUUUGUACCUGAACCGAUGCCAGUUUACUAUGUUCCCGGACCGAUGAUGCCUGCGGGGAGCAUACCGGUCCAGCAGGUCCAGAUGCCGAUGCCGAUGCCGAUGCCAUUCCAAUUUGUGUCUCACCAGGCCAGCGGCGGUGGGCAGGCUCCGGGUGGCUAUGGACAGCCGGUUCAAGGGGUUGUGGGGAAUCCGAUUCACGGUGGUCCGGUCUAUGUUGGUGGGACCCAGAUGGUCGGCGCGCCUUACGAGUACCCGGUUCCAGGUGAGGCAUACGAGUUUGUGACCAGCGGAGGGUUGAUGAGAAAUCCAACGGCUAUGCCAUUGUAUCAACCCGCCGGGAUUGCUCCGGCGGGUGCAGAGCUGGCAAUGCCAGGCGGGUCUGAGUUCAGACUGCCAAGGACUUCUCAAUAGUUACGGAGAAAAAUAAUUGAAGAUUUAUUGUCUAAAGUUUCAUUUUUUUUGUCCCCUGCUUGUCCUCUCAAUUUGUGUUUUGGGCAUUUUUUUUUUACUUUUUUUUUUGGUUCUGCGAUGAACUUUUUAAACGUUUUGGUGUUAAAACUUGUUUGUAAAUGUAAUUUGUUGUAUAAAAGCUGGUGGCUUUUGAAUUUUAUA